AUGGUAUGCGUCAUUUGCAACAGGUUCCAGGGCAGAUGGAAAAUUGGGAGCUCAACAGAAUCCCAGAAACGACAUGGAAACCGAAGCCACAUCGUCCCCAGAUUCACGUGGGAUGAGAUGCAGGCUUCGGCAAAGUCAUGUUACUGCUGCAGCAUCCUUGAAUCUGGGUGCCGCGGGUGCUUUGAUCAGCACGGGAUCAAAGAGUCGGAUAUACUUCACGGAAGCCUCACAUUCUUCUAUCCACGUUCUACUGACACAGUGGAUGAAGAUGAUGCGGGCAAGGAAAUAGUCUUUCUGUUGGCAGAUGGGCGACGUUUUGAAGUUGAACUAUUUGCUUCCGAGAGCGAUGAUUGUCCCAUUCCAGAUUCAUGGGACUACAUACCCGUCUCAAGGAGAACGUCGCCCCGGACCGAUUCUACGAUAGCAUUAGCUGCCAUUAAGGCUUGGAUCGGAGAAUGCAUCACCACCCACCACCCACCUGAAGGUUUAUGUGGCUCUUCCAAGGGUUCGUAUCUUCCAACACGAGUGGUAGACGUUGGCCUCGAGGACAGGACUGUGAAGCUGGUUGAACCGAAAGGGGCAAAUGGCACUUACAUCUGUCUCAGCCACUGCUGGGGGCACUCUGAAAUCAUUACAACUACCAAGUCGACAUUUGAAGAACGCAAAAGGAGUAUAGCCUGGGAAGAAUUGUCGAACACUUUUCGGGAUGCCAUUUCCUUAACCAGGACACUCGGCUUCAAAUACAUUUGGAUAGAUUCUCUUUGCAUCGUUCAAGAUGAUUCCAGAGAUUGGGAGACUGAAUCGGCUACAAUGGCUUCCGUAUACAGAAAUAGUUAUUUGACGAUCGCCGCAACGCGUUCUGCCAACGGUCAUGGCGGUCUUUUCUCGCGCACAGAAGAUUUUGAGGUCUUCGGCAAGACUCCAGAUGGGGAAGACUACUUUCUUUGCUUCCGAGAACGGAUCGAUCAUCACAUUGAGGUAGUUGGCUCAACCGACUCUACCAUGCUGGAUGAGAUCGAGACCACGCCUAAGGCUUCGGGGCAUUCGACUAUGGCGUACCAUCCUCUCCUGACCAGAGCAUGGGUCUAUCAAGAGCGCAUGCUCUCGCCUCGUGUUCUCCACUUUGGCCAGUACGAAAUCUUUUUCGAAUGCAGAUCAGCCAUCCAGUGUGAAUGUGGAUCCAUCCAAUUUCACGGUUCAACUGGCGUAUCCCCGAGGUCUUUGGUUAAAAUUGAGUACGCCAAUAUACUCGGACUCUAUGGUGAAGAUUACGAGAAGCAAUACCAAGCCGAGAUCCAAUACCAGGGCGCACGCUUGUGGCGUACUAUGAUCUGCUCAUAUGGGGCACUUCUAUUAACGAAAUCAAAAGAUCGAUUGCCUGCUAUCGGAGGCUUGGCUAAAGAAAUGGCUGAUGUGAGGAAGUCGAGAUACCUGGCCGGGCUUUGGGAAGAUACACUUAACGACGAUCUACUCUGGACAAUUCGUACGACAUCGAAUUAUUGGGACGAGAUCCUCUUUUCCGUCGUGGAAGAGGAUAGUUUCGAAGAACGAUUACCUUAUAAACAUUUCAGCAUGAUCGAAAAAUGUGAAGUCAGCUGGUCAGCGAUCGACGAGUUCGGAUCGAUCGCUCACGGAUCUCUCAAGAUAUCCGGUCUAGUAGCGAAGGGUAUACUUGAACGCGAGGUAGAGAUACACAACGACACAGAAAGUAUCGUGCACUACGUAUCUUUCCCAAACACGCGAUUGGCUAUGAAAACGGACUACCUUCUGGAUCAUGAAGGUCCCAGUCAGACGAGCCCCAUGACCUCGGUCUUCUGUCUUCGCAUGAGUCUUAUACAAGAAGUCUACGCUCUGUAG